AUGCCACUAACAUUUCGCGUGGCCGUCGCCGUCGCACUGGUAUUUACCAUCUUCUUCGUGAAGAAUCACCUCUCCUCAAUUGACGAGCAAUGGCAAUCUGAUCGCAGCGCAAGCCGUGUUCCGGAUUUCAUCCUCGACGGUGCAGGCACCCAUAUCGAGCUGGUCUCGGGUGAUGACCGCGCUGCUGCUGUAGGAAAAUCGGUAGCGGCGGAGGGCACAGGGGCAAGAGUUGCUUCUAGUUCCUUCGCCGUUUCGCGGGUUUCUUCGCUCACGCCGUCAACUUCGACUACUGUCGGGUUUUUGGAUCCAACUGGGUCGCCAGUUGAGCCGGCGCGAUUCGAACCGCAGACCAUCCCGGUUGAUGUGCCUAAUGCGGACUACUUUGACGAUCCGUUUUUGGAGGAGUAUUUGGAUAGUUUGGAUUAUGGGUUUGGGGGUGAAUCGAGACACGGGCACAAUCAAUUGCCGCCGAAGCCGGAAUCAACACCUAAACCGCCGGUGCCCAAGUUGACGGAUCGCAUUGUUGUGCUGGGCAGGAUGUCCUGGGAGGAUUCCGAUUGGUUGGAAGAGGAAUUGCCAGAGUGGCCCAAUGCAGUCUAUGUCAUCGACGAUCCCGAAUCCGAAUACCACGUUGCCGAAAAUAAAGGCAAAGAGAGCAACGUUUAUCUCACAUGGAUCAUCGAUAAUUACGACAGCCUACCCGAAUACAUGGUUUUCCUACACGCCCAUCGAUUUGCCAGUCACGUCGAACUCAACGAGCAGGACAAUGCCUUGACAGUCCAGCGAUUACAACUCGACUACGUCCGCAAGACCGGAUAUGUCAACCUGCGCUGCGAUUGGACUCCAGGGUGUCCGGAUGAGGUCUACCCAUUCCGACAGCUAGCAGGGCGCACCACGGAAAUCGCCUUCGCGGGAGCAUGGAUCAAGAUUUUCAAUAAUACCGAUAUCCCUGAGGUAAUUGGAACACCGUGCUGUGCCCAGUUCGCCGUGACAAAGGAACAGGUGCUGGCUCGGCCGUUGAGUGAUUAUGAGCACUACUAUCGCUGGCUGAUGGAUACGCAGCUGGACGAUGAGACCAGCGGCCGUGUGUUUGAAUAUCUGUGGCAUAUUAUUUUCGGGCAGGAUCCCGUGUCGUGUCCAUCUAAAGCACAAUGUUACUCAGAUGUAUAUGAUAUGGAAUAUAUUGAGCCGGUCAUCCCUGACUGGAUCUCUGAUAAUCCGUUUAGAGGUGUGAAAAACAACCAUGAUUUCAUUGACGACAGCUUUGAAGAUGGCUUUGACGAUGAAUUUGACGAUGGCUUUGACCUGCCUGGGGACUCUCUUGAUGAGAAUGAAGACGAGGGGGAUUGGGGCUGGGACGAAGAAGAAGAAGGGAAUGAAGAUGAGGAUAUCGAAGAAGGCGAUAAAGAGGAUGAGAAGGAAGACCCAAAUGACGAGGACCCAUUCGAUUUUGAUGAUAUCUCGGAAGAGCUGGACUUUGACGACUCACCGGUGUCUCCAUCCAAGGACAGUGAUCCAUGGGAAGAUACAAACGUCGACAAUCUACCAACGGGCUCAUAUAAACACGACACUUGA